GACUCUUCGCGAGGCGACGCCUCCGUCAGGCGAGGCCCGCGUGCCGUCGCGGCGCUGGUGCGGUGGUGUGGCCACCUCUCCUCUAUCUGGGGUCAGACGCCAGGGUCCGGCCGCCGGCACUCCGGCGCCACUGCCCGCUGCCGCCGCCUUACAAAACACGGCGCCGCCAGCCGGCGCAGCCACUGUACCACUUGCCGCGGCAGCCGCCACAUCAGCCGCGAAACAACUGCGAGUCGCGGCGGCCGCUCAGACCGCGACACGACCCCGGAAGCGCGUCCUCCACCCGUCAACUCCACGGAACACCAGGUGCCGCGCUGCGUCAUUUCGAGUACCGGUUAUCUGAAACGUCAGUGGAGGCUUCCAGUUCUCACCGCACCAGUUGAAGAGCUUUCUCCGAGCUCACCUAGCACGCAGCUGCCGUCUACUCUACAGGAGCGGCCACCAUGUCGGGCCACGUGCUGCAGGAACAGAACAGUCGCACGGAGCUGAUCAUCGCUGCGGAUGGCAAGAGCGCGCCACAGCCAGCCAGCCAUCUGCCGCAGUACGCUGCCGCCGUCAUAGCGACCGCGGGCGCACUGUCGGCCGGCACCUGCAUGGGUUACACGUCGCCGGCGCUGCCGCUGCUGCAGCGCGAGACCAACCCGUUCCCCGUGUCGGAGUCUGCAGGCUCCUGGGUCAGCGCGCUGCUCAACGUGGGCGCUGCCUUGGGCGCUCUGCCCGCGGGCUGUCUGGCGGCGCGUGUCGGGCCGCGCAGCCUCAUCGCCGCCCUCCUGCUGCCCUUCAUCGCCUCCUGGAUGCUCAUCGCCCACAGCGACUCCGUGUGGGAGCUGUACGUGGGGCGGCUUGUGGCGGGUCUGGCGGUGGGCGCGACGUCGGUGGCGGCGCCGCUGUACGUGACGGAGGUGUCGGAGACGCGCGUGCGCGGCGCGCUGGGCUCGCUGUUCCAGCUGCAGGUGACGGCGGGCAUCCUGGCGGGCUACGCGGCGGGGCUGCUGGCCGACCACCGGCUGCUGGCGCUGGCGCUGGCCGCGCUGCCCGCCGCCUUCCUGCUGCCCGCCCUCUGCUGGCUGCCCGAGUCGCCCGCCUACCUGCUGGCCGCCGGCAGAGACCGCGCCGCGCGCAGAGCGCUCGCCAGGCUGCGCGGCGCCCGCUACGACUACACGGACGAGAUCGCCGAGCUGCAGGACGCCGUCAAGGUUGCGAAGUUGCGUAGCAGCCGUGUGUGCGACCUGUGGGGGUCGAGAGCCGCGCGCCGCGCUUUGGUAUGUGCCCUGGGCCUGAUGGUGUUCCAGCAGUGGAGCGGCGUCAACGCCGUCAUCUUCUACUCCCAGAAGAUCUUCAACAACGCGGGCUCCUCCUUCAUGUCGCCCUCCACCGCCACCAUCGUCAUCGGUGUUGUGCAGCUGGCGGCGACAGCGGUCUCAGCAGCGCUGGUGGACCGGCUGGGGCGUCGCGCGCUGCUGCUGGUGUCGGCCGCCGUGAUGUCGGCCUGCCUGGGGCUGCUGGCGGCGCAGGUGGCUGGCCUGCUGGCGGUCACGUGGCUGCCGCUGGCCGCCGUCGCGCUCUUCAUCGUCGCCUUCUCGCUGGGCUUCGGCCCCGUGCCCUGGCUUCUGCUCGGCGAGCUCUUCACCCCGGACAACAAGCCCACGGCCGCCGCCGUCUGCGCUACCGUCAACUGGCUCCAGGCGUUUACAGUGACGAAGGUGUUCGUGAACAUGGAAGCUGCGCUGGGCCUUUCGGGCGCCUUCUGGGUGUUCGCCGGCAGCUGCGCAGCUGCGGCCGCAUUCGUGGCGCUGCUGCUGCCCGAGACUCGUGGCCGCUCGCUGCCGGAGAUCCAGCGCCGCCUGGCAGGGCUGCCCGACGCCGUGGAGGCCGUGUGAUUCCCCAUGCAAUGCCGCGCCACCAGGGCAGCCAACGCACACACUCUCAAGACUGAGGACGCGGCCCGCCGCUGCGUAGGAUGCGUCCCGGCGCGUCGAGCUCCUCUGUGCAGUUUCUCUGCUGUCGCUCGACGUCACUCGAAUAACAACUGCAACAAAAUACACUCCCUGUCGCUGGAGUUCCUACCUGACUGAUAGCACUGUAAUGUUAACUAGUUCCUUCUUUAGAUAAUGUUGUCUAUGUUGACUGUCGACCUUGGACACGUCGAUCGAUAUACGUUUGUUUCUUAUUUGUUGUUUUUACUACAUACAACAUUUUUUAAUAAAACAAUUUUAAUUAAGUAAACAGAUUGUUCUCUUUUUGUAAAAGAUGGAACAGAAACAGCACUCUCAGCUGGAGGCAUCCUCCUCAAACUUUGAAGGAUCUAGAAACAAACCAAAGCGAGGUGUAAAAAUUGAUGACAUGCAUUUGAAGCAACAUGAACAUUGGACUUUUCAGUGACUUUAAAAGUUGACUGGCCAUGUCGUCUUGCUGUUUUGCUUUCUUUAACUGAAGGGAUUGGAGAAGAAACUGCUAACCCACAAAAGCGUAUUUUAAGUACCUACAUUUGGUAUGUUUGAUUAAGGGAGGUAGGAUGUCAAACGGGCUGACUUGUAUCGGGAGGGUCACCACAGGACAUUUUAAUUUCUACUGUCUAUACUUUUAAAAAUAAAUUCAUAAAACUUUGUCACCAUGACCAGGAAGGAUUGAGGACUCACACUCAUCGCAAUGGAUGUUCAAAAACGUAGCUAAAUACUUUUUUUUUACAUGUGAAAUUUAAUCACUUUUUCACUUAUUACUGGCCGCAUUUGUUGCUAUAGGUACAGCAGUUACAGGUGUAUGAAACUCUAGAAUUUUCCAAAUCUAUUAAAAAACUGUGGAAAAAUUGAGAUAAUUAACUAUAAAACUUGAAUUUUUUCUAAAGUUGAAGUUUAAAAUGUAACAGUCCAUUCAUUUUUUCAUAAAUUAAAUAACUUCUAGAGUUUAAUACACCUGAAACUAUGGUUUGUAUUCUGUGCAAAAGUCAUUGAAGACUCUCUCUUACUUAGGAAGAACAGUGUACCUAUAGCAACAAAUGCGGCCAGUAGUAAGUGAAAAAAUGAUGACAUCUAACAUGUAAAAAAAUGUGUUUUGUUACAUUUUUGAGCCUCCACUGCUAUGAGUAUGAAUCCUGAAUCCUUACUGGCCAUGCUGUUAAAAGUUUUAGGAAUUUAUUUGUAAAAGUGUAGACAGUGGAAAUUAAAAUGUCCUGUGGUGCCUCUCUUGCUCCAAGUCGGCCCGUUUGAUGUGCUACCCCCUUAAAUUCAAAGAUAGAGGUAUAAAUUAAAUAAGACAGUACAAUGUAUAUAGUAGACACCGUUUUCUAGCAGUACCUAUGGAACUUACUGUUAUCGGCAUACAGCAUAUUUAAAACACACCAGAUGAUGUGUUCAAGAUAAUCCUAACUAAAUAGAGUGAUAGCACUUUUUACUAUCAACCACAUCAGUUGUUCUGUAGUUCCAAAUAUCAAUAAUUACCAAAAUUGCUAGUUCAGUUGAUGGGUUAACUACUGAUUUCUUUUACAGUCAUUGCUAGUCAGACUUUCUCUGAAACAUGGUGCUGUCUUCCAGUAUAGGGAAGCAUGUUGCAGUAUGGUAAAGGGCUGUUCAUCCAAAGAUUUUAUAUCUCUUGAUAAAAAUGUAGUAUGAGCUAUAAUCUGGGAAAAACUUAGAAUAAAAUUGAAAUAUCAACAAAUAGAUCCAAUACAUUGCUCUGGUGGCUAUUCUAAGGAAAAUAACAGUAACGAAAUAAAUUUAAGUACAACUUUGAUUCUUA